CAAAGUGGCUCUUAUUCAGCGUGUUGUACCAGGUGAGGUUUACCUAGUGUUACACCUGUUUGUUUGUGUCCAGUGUUUCGAGAAUAAUUUGAAUAUUUUCUAAGAUGGGGACACCGAGACGUGUAUACUUUUCCGCAGACAAGACUCUGGCAGGAGUGCCACAGCUUCUCGACGAUCUGCACAGACUACUGGAGGACAAAGAAUCAGCGGACAUCGUGCUACUAGUCGGCAGAGAGGAAGUGCCGUUCUAUGCCCACAAACUCAUCCUCAUGGCGAGAUGUAAAAGCUUCCAGUCGGCGAAACGCGGCGAGAUCUGCCGCAUCCCAGGUAGCUGCGUUGUCCAAACCGCUCCAGGAACACCUAGCCCCAUAAGACUUCCCCACUUCCAGCCUGAGAUCUUCAGGCAAUUUCUCCAGUACGUCUACACUGGAAAGAUUCUACUCACGGACAGCGGUGUUUUUGAUACUAUGAGCAUGGCGCAAGAUCUGGGCCUCGAAGAACUAAUAGCAGCCUGCGAGGAUCACGUUACAUCCACUCUUUCCACUUUGAACGCCUGCACUUUUCUGGCUGCUUUAGAAAACCAGGUUUCAGGUGGUAAAUGUACGAAAACUUUCAUCGAAAAAUGUGUCAGCUACAUUGGAGAAAACGCCUCGGAAUGUGUGAAGUCCAAGUCAUUUCUUAAUUUACCGAAAGAGGCUUUGAUUAAGCUCAUCUCAUCUGACUCGGUUGCACUUGAGGAGGAAGAUGUUUGGCGUGCAGUUUUGAGCUGGGCUAAAUAUCAUGCCGGAGUGACUCAACCGACAGCACACUGGAAUGAAGAAGAGAGGGCACGGGUUUGCCAACAUUUAUCUGGUGUGAUCAAUCAUGUCAGACUGCUGCUGAUUGAUAGCCAAGUUUUUGCUGAAGAAGUUGAACCAACAGGAGCAGUUCCUAUGGAACUGUCCCUUGAGAGGUAUAGGUUUGCCGCUCUCCCAUAUAAAUUCCGCGAAAGCACAGAAGACAAGCGUUUACAGCCCAGGGUUUCUUUAAAAUUAUUUCCAGGAUCACAAAUUUUAGUCCAGGACAAAUGUUGUUAUCAAAGAGUGCUGAAUUCAUGGUUCGGCCAGCCAAAACAGGUGUGGAGAUUGUUGUACAGGGCGUCGAGCAACGGAUAUUCUGCAGAUUCAUUCCACCGACACUGUGAUGGCAUUGCACCCACAUUUGUCAUAGUGCAAGGAAAGAACAGUGAAAUUUGCGGUGGCAUGUCCGACAUACCGUGGGGUAAAGGGACUGUACACAAAGUACAUUCGUACACCUCAUCUGAUCGAGCCUUUUUAUUCACCCUCGUCAACAACCAAGACCUCCCUCCGACAAAGUUUGACAUUGUUAAACCUCGAUUCGCUGUCUGCUAUCAUCCAGACUGUGGACCAGUUUUUGGUGCUGGAGCAGAUUUGCUGAUAUCAUCUGAUUGCAACAUCAACAGAGAAAGCUAUUCCAAUCUUCCACAUUCUUAUGAUGGAGAACACGCUUCAAACAACAUAUUAAUGGGAGAAUACCACUUUUUAGUGCACGAUUAUGAAGUUUUUGCACCAGCUUUAAAAUGAUUGUUUUUACAUUCCACUUUAUAAGUAGUAAAUAUAACUUUUUUCAAU